UAUAAUUAAUUAAUCUUAAUUAAGAAAAACAUUGCCUUAGUGUUUAGUGUUUUAUCUAAAGUUCGGAUACCAUAAAGUUUUCAACAGACUCGGAUAUGCAAGAUUGGUUUGAACGUGAUGUCAAAUUACCUGGUGUUAUAUUACAUGAUAAAUUAAUGUCAGAUGCAUUACUCGGAACAUUACCAAUAAAAACAGAACAUUCAUACAGUUUAAAUUCAGAUGGCGAUUCAAUGCCAGAAUCACCAGGAAGUUUAAAAAAUAAAAUGGAUGAUAUGGAAGAUGAAUGCUACCCCGCAAUUUCAAUGAACACAGCAACAAGUAAUUCAAGGCGUUUAAUUGAUCCAGCACAUUUAACAACAACACAUAUAAAUCCAGCCGAAAUAUCGCUAAAUAAUUGUGCAGUUUUAACAAAUAACCACAAUAAUAGUAAUAAUAGUAACAAUAAUAACAACAGUAACACUAUAAACAGUAACAACAGUAAUAACAACAGUAACAACAACAGUUCUAGUACCUGCCAUUUAACAAUUUUAAACAGUUGCAGCACAAAUACCAUUAGCAUAAAUCCAAAUAGUUUACAAAAUACAUUGAAUCCAUUGGCAAUCAAUAUACGUCCAAAACAUGUUACCGAUCAAUUAUAUAGCGGUAAUAGUAGCAGUACAUCAAGUUUAUCAGAUAUUGAUAUUGAUGAUUCAUGUAUUAAAGAUGAACCAAUGUCACCAGCAGAUUCAAGUUGUCCGCCAAGUCCUUUAAGUGUUAAUGCAACAACAUAUUUAACAAAUAUUACAUCUCCUUUUACAAAUACAACAAAUAUAAUUCAAUUAGAACACAAGAAUCGUUCAAUUCAAUUAACUCCCGCCUCACAGAGUCUCUUAAAAGCCCAACAAAUAACACUUGGUAAUGGUAUAUCGGCAACUUUAUCAGGAACAAAUACAAACAGUUUAACAUCAUCACCACAACGAUUAGUUAUACCAAAAGUAAAUAUAAAAAUAGAAUCCCCAACAACAACAACAGUAACUACACAACAACAAUUACAGCAACAACAACAACAACAGCAUUUAUUCGGUUUACCACCAACACCGCCAUCAUCAUUACCUAGCGAUGAAUCAGAGGGUAAUCAAAGUCCAGAGCAUCAUUUAUUGUCACCGAUGUCACCACCAAUGCAACAGCAAUUAAUUAGUAGCAGCAGUUCGUCAAGUAGCACAAAUUCCUCACCAGCUGCAUCACCAUCUACAAGUACAACGAGGAGGAAUCAUAAUAACAGCGGUCAAACAACAUCUGGGGUAGCAACGUCAUCGCAUCACAAUAAUAACAGUAAUAAUGCAUCAAACAGUGGUCGAGGUUAUACUGGUACAUCAACAAGGCAACCUAUACAUACACCUUUAAUCAGUUCACAACCGAAAGGCUCAACUGGUACAUUAGUACUUACAGAAGAAGAAAAACGCACAUUAUUAGCUGAAGGUUAUCCAAUUCCAACUAGAUUACCAUUAACCAAAGCUGAAGAAAAAUCCUUAAAGAAAAUCAGAAGGAAAAUUAAAAAUAAAAUUUCAGCACAAGAAAGCCGGCGGAAAAAGAAAGAAUAUAUGGAUCAAUUGGAAAGAAAAGUUGAAAUUUUAGUAUCAGAAAAUACUGAUUAUAAAAAACGUGUUGAAUCACUAGAAGAAUCAAAUGCAAAUCUUUUAACUCAAUUAGCCAAAUUGCAAUCACUUCUUAACAGACAAAAGAAAUCUAAUUAAGAAAUAUAAUUGUUUAAAAAAUACACAAUAAACCGAGAAUUUUAAAUGUAAAAGCCACAAUAAAAUUAAUUAAUUUUUCCUUUAUUUUUCUUUUUAAAUGAUAAUAUUGUAAAAAUAAACGAAUUCUGCAACGAAUAUUAAAUUUUUUA